AUGCUCAUUAACUAAUACCAUCGAUAUAGCUUUAAACAAUAUUGUCAAAACAGCCUCGUUCAGCCAAAACAUCCGAAUAUCAAUUCAUUAUUUGACAGUUGGCGUACCCGAAGGACGCUUGUUUGUUGCCCGUCUGUCAAACAUAACCUCCUUUAACUUUGUGUUUGUUGCUUUUUCGGUCUCACCAUUGAUAAAAAAAUGUCGGGGGGGAUGUUAUAUGGGGGCGACGAGAUCGGUGCGUUGGUCUUCGACCCCGGCCACCACUCGUUGCGCGUCGGCUACGCCCAGGAGGACACGCCGAAGGCCGAGAUCCCGGCUUGCAUCGGCGUCGCGCCGGACGACUCACCCAAACUCGAGCCGGAGGUCAAGCCGGAAGAUGGAAACGUUACUACCUCACCCUCAGCCUACAAGUAUUUUAUUGACACAACAUUCCUGCACACUCCCAGACCGAAUUUAGAGCUGCACAACUACAUGAAAGAUGGCAUGAUAGAAAACUGGGACUUGUUCGAAAAGAUCUUAGAUUAUUCAUAUGAAAAAAUUAUACAGUCCGAGUCCCAGUAUCACCCGGUGUUGUUCUCAGAAUGCCCCUGGAACCAGAGGCAGAAGCGUGAAAAACUGACGGAAAUCAUGUUCGAAAAGUACAAAGUGCCGGCGUUCUUCCUUGUAAAGAACGCCGCUUUGGCUGCGUUCGCUAAUGGACGCGCCACCGCUUUGGUUAUUGACAGUGGGGCUACUCAUACGACGGCAGUGCCAGUUUUGGACGGAUAUGUGUUGACUAACGCUGUCGUUAAAUCGCCUUUGGGCGGCGAUUUUUUGGUGAUUCGCAGCAAAGAGAUGUUGGAGAGUAUGGGAAUUGAUCUGACGCCUGCUUCCUUGAUAGCCAACAAGGAAGUGGUGAGGGAGAAGGACAAGCCAAGGUACACAAAGAAGAAGCUCAGUUUUACACCUAGUAACAGUUACAUGUCUUAUAUGAUGAAGAGAACUGUUCAAGACUUUCAACAGACAGUCCUGCAGGUUUCAGAUAGCCCAUAUGAUGAGAGGACUGCGUGCAAUUUGCCGACCGUCCACUACGAGUUUCCUUCAGGGUAUCAUCAAGAUUUUGGCCACGAGAGGUACAAACUAGCUGAAGGCUUGUUUGAUCAUGCAGUAUUAGGAGCGGGUCAUUUAGCUGCAACAAGCGCAGGAAUGUGUGACGUGGAUAUCCGCCCCGCUUUAUACAGUUCUGUAGUUUUAACUGGUGGAAACUCUCUAGUACAAGGUUUCAGUGAAAGAUUGAGCAAAGACUUGUCGAGUCGCACACCCGGUUCCAUGCGACUGAAGAUGAUCGCGGCGAAUGGCACAGUAGAACGUAGAUUCGGAGCAUGGGUUGGAGGAUCGAUUCUCGCCUCUAUCGGAACGUUCCAACAAAUGUGGGUUUCGAUGCAAGAAUAUCAAGAGUCCGGCAAAGCGCAGAUUGACAGAAAGUGUCCUUAAACUAUCGUUUACGAUUGUGAGGUGUUGUAAAUGUUUAUUGACGUAAUUGUUGGAAUUUUAAAUUAUGAAUUAAUUGUAUGAAUGGAAACAUGUUUAUUUUGUAAUAAAUACUUCUUGUAUCA